CAACUGCUCCCCGGCUCCGCCUGAGGCCCAGUGACCCUAGCCCGCCCCGAGACCCGAGUGGGUACGAGGGGUGGAGUGCGGGGCUUUGGCCUCUCGCCUUCGGCCCACAGCCGGAGACUGGGCCCUCUUCGCAAGCCCGCAGGCCUACCACACUUGGCCUGAAGUCUAUACCAUCCCAGCCAGGAACUAAUAUGGCCGCUGGAGCUGGAUCCAGGGCCAGAGGCGCGAGGGCAACAUGACACAUCCCUGGAUUGAGGUGGAACAAAAAUUUGUCCCAAGGCCAGGAAUUGAGGAUCGGUUGAAGGAAUUGGGUGGCACUCAGGAGAGCCAGAUUUCUUUCCGUGAUAGCUACUAUGACACUCCAGAGCUCACCCUCAUGAAGGCUGACCACUGGCUCCGGUAUCGGGAAGGGAGUGGAUGGGAGCUCAAGUGCCCUGGAGCAGGAGGCAACACUAGCUCCCAUACUAAGUACGUGGAGCUCACCACGGAGGCUGCCAUAGCAGCCCGGUUGUGUGAGCAGCUGAGGUCUGGAGGGCUGGGCACUGAGAAGGUAUCCGACAUGCUAGGGCAGCUGAGACUGCAAGAAGUAGCCAGUUAUGUAACCAAUCGGAGCAUCUGGAAGCUGGCCCUCUCUGGAGCUGGUGAUGAAGAAGAGCCACUUACAGUAGAUCUAGACACAGCAGACUUCGGCUAUGCUGUGGGCGAAGUGGAGGCCUUAGUUCGAGAAGAGGCUGAGGUACCAGAAGCCCUGGAGAAGAUCCACAGUCUCAGCUCUUUGCUUGGUGUGUCAGAGCAGGAACAGACACCUGGCAAGUUGAUAGUAUACCUGAAGCGCUUCAGGCCUGAGGACUACCAGCGCCUAUUAGAAAAAGCCACUGGGAAGAAUGACGAACAGAGUUCUGAAGCCACAGAGAAUUAAACAGCUUGUGAUGUGUGA